AUGAAAGACUGCCAACAUACAUUACGAACUUUAAUUAUCGAUAACUAUGACUCUUAUACAUUUAACCUGCUUCAUCUCUGGAACAAAUCCAGUGCUGAUAAUAACAGCAAAGCGACUCAAAAGUGCUUUGGCGCUACCACUAACAAUGUUAUAAUAAUUCGAAACGACCAAUUUGAAUGGGAUUACUUCAAAACCAACAUCCUUCCGUACUUUGACAAUGUGAUCAUAUCACCGGGACCAGGUAGCCCCGAAAAAGCUUGUGAUUGUAAUGUUCCCGUUCUGGGCGUGUGCCUGGGGCAUCAGGGAAUUGGGACUGCUUUUGGGGCCAAGGAUUCUUUAUUUUUUGGAAUUCCCGACGCUUUUUAUGGUGUACGAUAUCAUAGUCUUGUGGUUGAUCAUCAAAACCUACCAUCAGAUCUAAUGAUUACCGCUUGGUUUUCUUCUAAUGAGGAGGAAAAUAAUCGUUUUUCAUCUUCGGAAUUAAACAACGGAGCGGCAUACAUAAUUAUGGGUCUCCAACAUAAAUAUAAACCUUAUUAUGGCGUUCAAUUUCAUCCCGAAUCUAUAUGCACAGAAUACGGCCACCAAUUAGCGAAAAAUUUUCAAAAAAUUACUUACUCUUUUCUAAAAAAGCGUGGAAGAUUUUUCCAACACCAUGAACUUCCUUCACAUAUUCAAGAUAUUUCAAUUAUCCCAACAUUCAUUAGUAGACCUCGAGAAAUAUCAUCAUCAUCUUGUACAUCUCCCAAAUACCACAUAGUUCUUAAAAGACUCAAUGAAAAUAUCUGGAUAGACUCGGAAAAAGUGUUCGAAAAUAUCGUGUCAGUUGAUCCAUCAUUAUUAGGAACAUGGUGGCUGGACAGUGCUAGGCGACCAGAUCCUCAAAGUCGUUUCUCAUUCAUGGGAUCUACUCCAUCUGAGGCAAAUGCAUUCUCCGUUUCCUAUGCGACAUUACCCAAAAGACUUCAGAUCACAUGUUCAAAUGGAAUCGUAAUGUCAAAAGUAUUAACUGGAGGUAAAACAUUUUGGGAUUGGAUGUCUGACACUAUGAAUCUUUUUAAUAAAUGUGUUACCAGAACAUGCGUAAUCAUUGAUGGCCAUCAACAUGACGAUUUGAUAAGUCAACAAGUCCCAUUUGAUUUUCGACUGGGAAUGAUGGGAUAUUUUGGGUAUGAGAUGAAACGUGAAUCAUUGUCCGGAUAUGUGAUACCACAAGAACAAUGGAAGAAAAAUAUUUGUAAUCAGGUUGACGCGGCAUUUAUAUUUGCUACGCAGGCAAUCGUGUUUGAUCAUCUUGAGAAGCGAAUAUGGCUUGCUGGAUUAAUACGUGAAAAAGAGCAUUCUGUUAAUAAUGUUGAGGAUAUUAAAGAUGUGCUCGACAUUACUACGGGAUUUUCACCUCGUGAUUUCACGUCUUGGAUUAAGGCAACUGAGAAUCGUUUACUUUGCUUAAUAAAAGGGCAAUUUGGUGGCAGUGUAUUGAAACUGAAUUUUAAUAAUCAUCGAUGUAAAGACAACAAUGGACAGUCUUCUAAUUACAUAGAGAAUAAAUCUGAUAAAAAGCGCAUAAACAAACAUUCGUUAGAAUCCCAAAUACCAUCAUCAUCAUCAUUAUUUAUUCCUGAUAUAGAUUACCCAUCAUAUAUAAGUGCUAUAGAACAAGCACGUUCAUUUAUACACGACGGACAAAGCUACGAAAUAUGUUUAACCACUCAAAUUCGUACAACCUUAAAUCAACGACUAGAUGACUCCCUCGAGUUAUAUAAACAUCUUCGAAGAAAAAACCCAGCACCUUUUUCAGCAUUGUUUGAUUUCGCCGCUGAAGAUUCGAUAAUCCUAAGUUCGUCUCCUGAAAAAUUUAUAGAGAUUUCAAGUGAUGGAUGUGUCGAGAUGAAACCGAUAAAGGGUACGGUGGCUGUUGCCUCUGGAUGCUUUUGUGUGGAUAAAUGUGACAAGGGUAAACAAUGUGAACUGAAUCGGAAAAAAGAAGAUCGUAAACGAGCACAGUCCUUGGAGUGCAACGUCAAAGAACGAGCGGAGAAUUUAAUGAUUGUCGAUUUAAUCCGUCACGAUUUGGUGCAUAUAUGUCUACCAGAAACAGUUCGAGUCCCAUUAUUAAUGAAAGUAGAGACUUAUGAAACCAUGCAUCAACUAGUAACGACUGUUCAUGGAUCUUUGAAGAGUGACAUAGAUUGUGUAGAAGCUGUGCGUAAAUGUUUCCCCCCUGGUUCUAUGACUGGAGCACCUAAACUACGCUCCGUGCAACUUUUGGAUGAACUUGAGAAUCAUAUACCUCGUGGGGUUUAUUCCGGAUGCUUGGGAUAUCUUUCAAUCGGGGAUGGAACGAAAGCUCGACAAAAAGGCAGUGCGAUGUUUAGCGUUGUUAUUCGAACGGCGGUUGUUGGAAAUGGGACUGAUUUGUCAAUUGGUGCUGGUGGUGCAAUUACUUUUCUUUCUAAUGCGGAUGAAGAAUGGCGCGAAGCGAUGUUAAAAGCGCAAUCAGUUAUCCCAAGUGUUUUAGCAUUUACCAAUGAAACACAAGAAACUGCAACUACAAAGAAGAAGAAGACGACGACGAUAAAGUUUUAA